GCAGCGCGGUGGGGGAGGGCAUGCGCCCGCCGUGGGGCGCGCCCUCCGGGCCGCCGGGUCCACCGGGCCCGCCUGGGCAUCCUGGACCCGGACCGAGUCCUGGGCCUGGGUUCGGGAUCGGCGUCAACGUUGGGAUGAGGGCGAACGUCGGCGUCGGCGGGCAGCGCCCGCAGCCUAUGGGGAACAUGAUGUGGGGCACGCCUGCCGCGGACCCUCAGUGGCACCCUGCCGCUGCUGCCGCCGCCGCCGCCGUUGCCGCGAACCAUGCGCACUUUUUCAACAAUGGGCACGCGCCUGGACAUGCGCACGGGCAUGGCCACGUCGUGCAUCCGGUGCAUGGGCACGGGCAUCAUGGGCACCAGCACGGCCCGUUCGUGGCGCACAAUCCGCCGGCGUCGCCGCACAACGGGAAUUAAAUGCCGCCUUGUUUGUUCUUUCUUUUGUAUUGUUCGCUUUUUUUUCUUUACUUUACCACCCCACCCAUCGCAUCGCAUGCAUUCUUGACAUUGCUCAUCGCGCUCCCGACCCGACUCCGACCCCCCUUGUCCCUCGCCAACACCGCGUCCGUUCGUCUGUUUUCGACGUUUCGUAUCCGUCCCUUCUUCCUCUCCAUCGCUCGUGCACUGUCCGGUCCCGGCCUUCUCUCUUCCUUUCAUUCAAUCUUUCUCUGCCUGUCUCUCCCUCUGUCUCUCUCUCUAUCGCUGUCCUAGUUGCCCCCCUCAUCCCCCUCGAUUUACCUAGUAGUAGUAAGCAGUAGCAUAGCACGACGCUAACAACAUGAUCUCGAAGAACAUUUUUCUC